UUUGGUCGGCGACAAGAAGUGGGCUUGAGGAGGAAGUCAGGUUCGCAGGCAUUCCGCGAAAAUAUAAAACCUCUCAGGACUUGUGCUUUUCUUCACUGAUCUGCAAUAUAAAUCUUUUCUCUUCGGAUUGAGUUGGAAAUUAUCUUUAACCAGGCUAAUGGAUCUCAAGGCUCCUCACUCCAUGGGUACUACUAUUAUCGGCGUCACCUAUAACGGCGGCGUCGUUCUGGGUGCCGACUCUCGGACCAGCACUGGGAUGUAUAUCGCUAAUAGGGCAUCGGACAAAAUUACUCAGCUCACUGACAAUGUCUACGUUUGUCGUUCUGGAUCGGCCGCUGAUUCGCAGAUUGUGUCCGACUAUGUGCGCUACUUUCUUCAUCAGCACACAAUACAGCUGGGUCAGCCUGCAACUGUCAAGGUUGCUGCAAAUCUGGUCAGGCUGCUUUCAUAUAACAACAAGAACAUGCUAGAAACUGGUCUAAUUGUUGGUGGAUGGGACAAGUAUGAAGGUGGUAAAAUUUAUGGAAUUCCUCUUGGCGGAACAAUAAUAGAGCAGCCUUUUGCUAUAGGAGGAUCUGGCUCCAGUUACUUGUAUGGAUUCUUUGAUCAAGUAUGGAAAGAAGGGAUGACCAAGGAUGAAGCUGAGCAAUUAGUUGUAAAGGCAGUUUCCCUGGCCAUGGCAAGAGAUGGUGCUAGUGGUGGUGUUGUUCGUACGGUCAUUAUCAAUUCAGAGGGAGUGACAAGAAACUUCUAUCCUGGGGACAAACUUCCACUGUGGCAUGAAGAGUUGGAGCCUCAUAAUUCAUUGUUGGAUAUUCUGAAUGCUUCUGGUCCGGAGCCAAUGAACAUAUGAUGAAGUGAAAGUGCCCAGCUAUUUUAUCGUAUUUUCAUCAGUAGAUUUUCUGGUACAUUAUUUAUCUUUAUUGCUCGCACCCUAGUUCCUAGGAUGGAAUUUGUAAUGGUUUCUGUUCAUUUUUGAAUUUAAAUGUGAUGGGUCUCCGAGUAA